AGGGUUUGUUUAAGAAAAAACUUGUAGAAGCCGAAAAAUAUAAUAUAAUUUAUUAAUUGGAAGUAUCAAGAAAAUGAAUGAAGAUGAUAAGAAUAUAAUAGAAGAAGAGGCUGAUGAUAUUCCGUCCAUUGACUUAAAUUUGAAAUCUAGAAAAUCUGUUAGAAUAUCUGAUUCAACCUUCAGAGUCUUACAAUAUGGCAGUGUUCUGAAAACCUGGAAAGAAAUCUCAAAAGUUAAUUAUUUGUCUGCUUUGUCAUUACAAACUGGAUCCAAAGAACAACACAUAUUCAGCUCAAACUUUCUCCCGAAAACACUUAUCAGUCUAGCUUUUGAUAUUCUGGACAAAAAAAGAAGAGACAGUUUCACUUCUGAAAAUUUUCCUAUCAUUAUAACACCACUGUUAAAUGAAGACCAAUUAUGGGGAUGUUUCUAUAACUUCUCCGAACUUUACGAUGAUAGUUAUUCCCCCGUGGUCAAAAUAAGAAAUAUAGAAGAUGUGCCACCACUAGAAGAGGGAAUUCUCACAAGGGACAUGGUCACUGCUUGUCUAAGUUAUUUGAAACGAACUCCAAUACUGGGAGACUUUGUCUAUAUAAAAUUAAAUUUAUCAUCCAAAAAAUUAGUAAACAUCGAGGUUUUACAACACUAUAAGUACCUAGUUUAUGUUGAUUUAUCAUGCAACUUUUUAAGCGAUCUAACGGUGCUCUCAAACCUACCAUAUUUACAAUACCUAAGCGUUGAUUACAAUAGACUGAAGUCAGUUCUAGAUUACAGCCCCGCUCAAUGGUUUUUAACAGAAGUGCACUUUAAGUACAAUAAUGUAAUGAACAUUCAGGAUUUAACUGAAUUUUGGUCGAUGACAGUGCUGGAUCUAUCACACAACAAUAUAAAGCAUAUUAGUGGACUUCAAAAUUUAAGAUAUCUCCGACGCCUCGAUUUAUCGUUUAAUCACAUACAAAGAUUAGAAAAUCUUAGUCAUCUUAGACUUGUGUGGUUGGAUAUAUCCAAUAACAAUAUAAGUAGUUUCGAAUUUGGACAUGAUGUGGGACUUUGGACGUUGCUUCACCUUGAAUACCUAAAUCUGAACGAAAACAAUCUAUCCUCAUUAAAGUUAUUUUCCGGGUGCACAAGAUUAAAGGAGCUCCAUGUUCGUAACAAUCAACUAAGCAUACUAUUGGAAUUAGCAGUAUACAUGAGAACAAUGCGGCGCCUGGGGUUGAUUGACCUGCGCUCGAAUCCCAUAUGUAAUGUUCCGGGUUACAAAGAUGUGGUCAUUAACACAUUUCCAGUACUACUAAAUUUAGACAACGAAGAUUUGGAUCCCAUCGAACAAAGAACGCUAAAAAUGAAUAUGACACCAGACAUACAAACGUUUGCUUCGCGACGUCUUUCACGUCUCCUGUACAUUGAACAGUUGUCCAGAGCUCGGGUAUCUAUGUACACUCCGCCAGCAGACAGCACAGAUGUACCAAUUGUUAUACUUGUGGGAUACGAAGCUGUUGGUAAAGGAACACUUGCCCGUCGUCUUGCGACAGAAUGCAGUUCAAACGUUGAACUAGCUCUACAACAUACAACUGCUUUCUAUCACCAAAUAGAUAACUACAUAGUUGUGUCUCGGAAAAAUUUUGAUGAAAUGCUGCUGGACGGCGAAUUUCUCACUUAUAGUGAAAUGGACGGCGAAUCAUAUGGACUAACUCGUGAACAAGCGUUUGUGAAAAAUGGUAAAGUAAAAAUCGUCACAAUGGAUCUUAUCGGUGCUUUGAUGCUGCAACUAAGGGGAUAUCGCCCUUAUUUGAUACUAACAUUUUGUCAUGACAAACGAUCACUGGCUCUUCGACAGCAAGAACGUAAGAUAAUACGAAACGCGGCAUACGAGAAACGCUUGUCUAUGGAUCCGCCUACGGAAUUGUCUACCUUGCAAGUUUUGCUGUCGGGAAGAAUUAUUAUCAAAGGAUUGCUUAAUGAAAUUGUUCAGAAUUUUUUAGAAUACUCAGAAUCCUCUGAAUUCUUACUUGAGUCUCAAUGUUCACUCUUGGACGUUGAAUUAAGACGAAAACAUAAAGAUGAAAAAAAGGUUGUAAGAGGCCUGGAUAGGAUCGCCUUAUCAAGAUCACUGAGUUCCACCUCGCUUCCUAGAGAAGAAGUCAAUAAAAGUCCUGCAGAUUCAAGUUUAUUUUCUUUAUACAACCAACCCCAAGGCAUGGAUGAAUAUGUAAGCGAUGUUUAUGGACAAGUUUUAUUCCAUGAAAAGCUAUCGAAAAGAUCAAUUGAUACUCGAUCACUUCCAGCAAAAGAUCCAGGUAGCACCCAUGGUCGGCACCAUGCAUCUUCUGCGUGGAAAGUUGGCAGCAGAAAGUCGUCAAAGUCCGUAACAUUCACAUCAGGAGUUGCUUAUGAAGAACGUCAAGAACUCCAUAAUGUGGAAACUGAUCCAUCUGGAAUGUUGGUCGAGACUCCACGUGAAGCAGACGAGGAAAGCGUAUUAAUGAAGUCGAUAAGCGCAAAGGUUCUGCGUCCCCGACCAGAAAACUCAGAUUUGUGGCUUGCAUUCCUCGUCGAGAACAAACUAUUGCAAACUAGCGAUACCGAGAGUCAUGUUUCUGAACCACUCCGGCGAGAAACAAAAGUAGAUGAUCAGCAGUUUUUAAUUAAACAACUAGAAAACUAUAAAGAGUUGCCGUCGGAAACUUUUACAACAAAUAUAAGAGAUGAUUAUGAAGAAAUACAUCAUAACUGUCCAGGGCUAUUUUGGGAUACUGUCUCCAUGGACAAUCAAAACGAAGCAUUCAAAAAAUUAAAAAACAUUAUAAAAAACAUAGUCCAUUCCCAGAAGGACUUAAAACCGAUGUUUGAUAUAGACUUUGCCAAUAUGGACCAUCCCAUAAUAAAAAAGAAACUUGCAAGCAUUUGUAGCGAAAUAGCACCACAGAGAUUGUUUUACUAAAUAAAGUGGUUAUAAAUGAAA